AAUUACCUUUCAAGGACGUGUAUGUUAAACAGAAAUCAAUUAUUUAAUCUUCAAAUCGAUACACUGUUAAUUAAGUUAUAAUUAUGUUUGUUCGAUAAAUCGGAUAUUCUGUUGAUUGCGGUCUGAGGUAGACUAGUAAUUUAUAUUGAUUUUAGUAAAGUUCUAUAUCUGACGUGAUUCCCCCCCCCCCCCUCUGACGUGAUUCCCCCCCCCAACCCUUUCACAAUGGAAAGCCAGGACAAGUGGGUCACAUAGGUCCCACGUAGUUUUCUCUGUAUCAUGCAGAUUCAUAUGGAUUGUGUUAUCAAAUGUGCUGGCUGCAGAUCUGUAGCUCUCUGAAAAAAUAUUGGGACAUAUCUUUCUGAGAGAUCUACAGAUCUGCAGCUAAAGCUGUGUAUUUAAGACAUGGAAGUUAAGUUUUUGGAAAAGUUCUGUAAAAAAUUGUUUUUAACCAUGCAUUUUUACCUUGUUAUUACGGAGAACAAUACUAGAAAGUGGUCCCCAGGUGCCUAUGUCUAGGUAGUUUUUAUUGAGGGUAUAUAGACAAAGGAAGCUAAUUAUAAUGCUGGUAUUAUCCCCAAACGCUUCCACUGUUUUACCCCCUCCUUCUCCCAGAAAUACAAAUAACUUGGAGACAGGUAUUCUUCCUUUCUUUGUAUAUAUGUAAGCUAAUGGUAUGUAGGAUUUUAAUGUCAAAAGAAAAAUAUAUUUCAUCGAGAAGAUUAGAUAUAUGUUAAUGAGUAUUAUACAUGUAUAAGGAGUACUGAUUCGGUGAGGCUACAAGUAAGUAAAUUUUCUUAAUUCAUCUCUUGUUAUCUGUAUUUUUUUUUUCCAAAAUAUUUAUUCAUUUUGAGUUACCUCGCUUUUCAUAAUCGAUUUAUCCACCGAAGGCAAGGUAAAUAUGGUCUUUGGAAGGUAGCUAAAUAAUCAUAUUAAUCUUAUAAAGAUCUAAUAAUAUACCAUUCCUUACAUCUACAAGUAAGAAGCCUGGUGGAAAGUGGGUAGAGAAGCGAGGUUUGAAUGGACGACCAAAAAGUAUAUGAUAAUCAAUUUUGAGAUUUCCAAUUAAAUUUUUGUCCGAUGUUAGAAAAAUCAAAUGUUAUAGGCAGGUACAGAUCACGUUUUAAAUUUUGUUGAGUGAGCGGACAGGAGGGGUGGGGGGGGGGGGGGGGGGAGUUUGUGUCGGAUUGAACAAGAAAAGCAAAAACGAAAAUACCCCACAUUAUGGUUAAUAACAUGGUUUGCCAUUGGUUGCUAAAAUGAAACUUCGAAGUUUCAAAUAUUGGUUCAAAUUAAGAGCAACAGAAAAUUGAAUUCUCAAAUCUUGUUACGAAAAUUUAGUGGUACGAAAUGCAAUCUAAUUAAAAUUAGAUCCUUUGAUCCGCUCACGUAUAUCGCUACACAAGGUUGUGAUAUACGUGAGCGGAUCAAAGGAUCUAAUUUUAAUUAGAUUGUACGAAAUGAGAAAUGGAUUUUACAUAAAAAAAAAAAUGAAUUGAUGUCACUUGGUUUAAACUAUAUAUGGUCAGAAAAUCACAUAGACUUGAGAUAUUUUUCUGUUAUAAAGCAAAGACUUCUAGAUCUACAUUAACAAAAUUUGUUUGAAAAUAUUGUUUGAUCUUCAAAAGGCUACUUAUAUCAUCACCUUAUCGAUAAUUGCUGUUUAUUUAACAAAACCCAUAGAUUAAAAAAAACCACAGAAGGUUAUUAACUAAAUGUAGGUUGUCUAACCAUCUUCUGAACAUUGAAUUAGGUAGAAACUACAACGUUAUCAAAUCUAACAGAUUGUCUACAUGUUGUGAUCUCCAUGAUAAUGAGGACGAAUUUCAUUUCAUAUUGAAAUGUCCACUGUAUAACGAUUUGAGGGGGGAAAUGAAAAGGUAUUAUUCUAGACCAAGUGUUUUUAAAUUAAUUCAAUUAUUAACUACUAGUAAUGUCAGCGAUUUGUUAAAAUUGGGAAACAUUUUGAGUGCUGCUAUACUAAUUUAAAAGAGAAUGUCACACUGAUGUUUAGUUAUUUACCUGUUUACUUUGUACGUUCACACUCUCUGAAUUACCUUCAAAUAUCACUGUGUUCAAUUGUUACUCUGGUGAGCCAGUUGGCUCAAAGAAAUAUAGAAAUUGGCUAUAAAGGUCAAAUUUUAUAACCUGAUCAUAAAUUAUGAAAUAUUCACAAGCUUUGAAUCUUUUAAGGUAAUGAAAGGUCGAGUCGGAUUUUUUUUUUUGUUUUUUUUUUGGUCUUGGUCAGUCUAGUCAUGUUCUGACUUUUCGACUCUCACAAACACAACUCAUUUACCCUGCCUGUGUCCACAUUUAAACCCUAAACCCUUGUCUCCUCAAUAUCCAAAGGCAUUCUAUAUGGGUCUAAUGAAUGCAUCUAACACAUUCAAAAAAAUAACAUAGAAUGAAGAAGGUUGGUGUUAUACAUGUUUAUACGCAGUGUGUGGCAUGCAGAAAUCUUGAGCCCUUUUCGCAAAAAAUCUUACAAUUGAGUGAAACUUUAAAAGUCUAUACAUAAAUGAUAAAACUGGCAUUCUUACUCGGGGCAUAGUUGCAUUCCAUUGAUUAUAAAGCAGACACAAAAUUAUAAUAUAAGUCGUAAGAUUUUUUGUGAAUAUGGCCACUGUCUCCAUGUGUUUCGUUCGAAUUUAAAAGUGAAAUACACUUGGAACAGGUGCCUAAAAGCGCAUUGACUUCACUUUAUCUUAAAAUAAAAAGUAUUGAGUUUUGCACCUAAAAUAACAAAUUACAUUCAUUGUACUAAUGCUAUAUGUACCUGUAACAUGAAAAUAUACCGCAAUUAAAGUGGUAAUCUUACUUUUCUAGAAAAUGAUUUUGCAUAUCAGCAAUUAAUUGAAAAUGAAAUUGAGUUAGUUCUGUUGCCCUAAAGGAUGUACCAAAAACAUUCAUGUCCUAGUAUCCAAAAAUACAUCUAAAGUUUUUUGUGUACGCAUGUACAUGUACUAGUAUUUUUUAAAAGAUGUAUUUUUGAGUGUGACGUAUCUUUCUGUAUGUAUGCAAGUUCAAACUAGCCCCGUUAAAGGCAUGGUGGUUGCUUCAUUGUCAAUUCGAUGGGUCGGGAUAGUUGUGAUUAUGAAUAUCAUCUUAUGCAUUUGGGGUGGGCAGGGACGUAAAUUACAUGGAGGCGGGGGAGGCAGCUGCCUCCUCCAACUUUUGAGCCAAACAAAAUUAAAAUUUAAAGUUCAUUAGAAUUUAUGUUGUUUCCAAUAACUAAGAACAUGAUACCUCCCUUAAAAAGCAUUCCAAAUCUUUCUUUUAGAAUGAGUUAGUCAAGUAACAUCUUAGAAGGCCCUAGAAUCAAGGAUUUUGCACGAAACGUGUUCAGUGUGCACAAAAUGUGCUCAGCGUCUGGGGGCCUGGGUGGCCCCCAGACCCCCGCCUAAUUUCCUGCCUCCUCCAAAUUGAAGGUUAAUUUACGGCCCUGGUGGGUGUGUACAUAUGUGGACGUAAUUGAAAACUAAACAGGCUGUCUAGCACGGGACAUCACAUGUAACUGACAUUAGAGGAAUACUAAGCUCAAUGAUAUACUUUUGUAUGCAACAUCUGUUGAGACAGGGAACUCGUAGUUUGGAUUUAAUUUCCAAAGGUACAACGGAUGAUUUAAAAAAUUCCAAAACUGCAAGGAAUGUACGCAUACGAAUAUCUUAACGCCAUUUUAUGGUACAUGUAUACUUAAGAAUUUUGCCAUCUUUAUCAGAUAGGAAAACCUAAGUCGCCGACGGGCUUGUGAUGCGAUAUGUACAGUAUAAAUGUAUAUUAUGUAUAUGAAAUAUUCUGCCGACCGAAUUUUUAAAGUUUUCCGGCUUUGAUGUAGGUCAUCCGGAUCGAUAACUAUCCAUGUGUUUACCAUCUCAUAUAAUUUGUCACUUUAAAAUAACAUACCAAGGUAUAAAGUACGUUUUGUGAUGCAUUUUUUGUUGUACGUGUUGUCUUUUUCCGAUCACUACAAAAUGCAAAACUGAGAAAUUAUGGAGUAGCCUUUUGUUCCUUAGAUCGACAUUUUACCCGAAUCUAUCGACUUAAAAUAGUUCGCAAUGUUUUUAAAAUUUACAAAGUGGAUCAAUUAAUCACCAUGUGCAGAGUCACUAAUUUUUUUUUUAUCAGAAACAGAACUUUUGUCAAUAUGCUGUAAACACAGCAUUGCCAUGAUUUGAUGUCGCUUUGAAUAGAUUCAUCUUGUCUUGAUAACAGUUGAAAUCUUUAGAAUAACGGGAAAAUGACUGUUCAAUAAUUUCAGUUGUACAGUGAUGCAGUUAUUUUAAAAUAAAAUCAUCAUCGCUUUUGAGACACUUAUAUACAUUAUUAGUUCAGCCAUCUGCCCGAGUCAAGGGUUUCUGAUCAGCUCCGCUCCACAUAGAUAUGGAGCGGAUCAGAAACCCUUGACUUGGGAAGAUGUAGUUCAGUGCAAUUCAAUUCAUAGCAUGUACAAGCCGUCAAUACCUUAACCGAAUCUCCGGGGUGGCCAGCUACUUAAGUCAAUUAAAUUAUUUGUUGCAUUUAAAGUAGUCCGAGUGACAGAUUUUUCGUUUAAUGCCGAUGACAGCACGACACAAAAACAUAACAAUUGUUAAUUUGGAAACUGUAGAUAAAUAUAUCCAGGUAGAUAUCUCCAACACGCACGGAGAGCCCUAGAUACACGCGAAUGUUUCAUAUGCAAAGGAAUUAUGAAAAAACUUGAUAUCAUAAUUAGUUGAUAAAUGGUUGGUAUAUCUCAAUGGCUUAUACUGGUCAAUAAUUCCGCGCUUUUCUUCCUGCGACAUUUCAGUGUUGUCAAAGAGGGUAUAUAUAUAUAUAAAGUUAAUAACAAACAGUGUUGACUUGUGGCAACGAUAUGAAGUCAUGCACCAUAUGUUCUUAAAACCCCCUAUAGCAGUGCGAUUUUGAAUUUUAAAUCUUAUCGUUUCAAUUGACGAUAAGUAAUUCAAAAAUAAGAAUGGAACGUGUAAAGAUUUCCUAAUUCAAUCCGAUAGUUUACAGUGUGCACAAAAGAGGGCCGUACAAGGGUACCCCGCUCCGAUUUCACACAAGAGCCCGCGGUCUCGGUAUAUGUAAUUUUUCCAAGGUUGAUUCUAUGUAGCAGGUGGGACUUCCAUAUAUAAGGAAGGUAGCGGCAGAAGUCUGGGAGAUAAGAAUCUGAGGAUUGCAGGGAUGUUAACACACGAGUCGCCGCUUCUAAAACUGACUUGAUUUCAUGUGUUCAGAAACUGUUACAACGGUGACCGGAUGUGUGGGGGGAAAUCACCAUAUAGAAGUCACUGACUUGAUUCUAAAUUAUGUAAUUUAUUCUUUGAAUGUUUUCGGACGGCGAAUUACGGAAGUCUUUCAGAAAAAAACAUUGUGAAGAAAUGAAAGAUUCCUAGCAGUGCAGAUUUUACAGUGUCAUAGCAGUGCAGAUUUUACUGUGUCGGAGGGCGGGUGCCUCAUCUCGGAGCAGUACCGUUUUUCUUGCAUGGAGCUUCAUCACCUUUGUGGACUUAAUGGAAGAGGAAUGGCCGAGAGGUAGUAAACAUGUCUAGUUAAUUUUCUUCCCAUGCAUGUUCAUCUGUUUAUAUGAUUGAGGCUUUAUCUAAUAUUUAUAAAUACGUAAUCCUAUAGCCUCAUUUGCUUAGUGUUUAUUCCCAAAAUGGAAUAUUAUACUACCUGUAUAAGUGUAUUUUUUGUUUAUGGUAUACAGUUUACAUAAAUAUUCACUCUCUAGGAAGAUGAGACAGUUUAGUUUUUACAUACAUGCAAAAUUCUUCAAAAUGUAAAAUAAAUAGGAAAACAUUAUCAUCUUAACAAGCAUCCAAAUGAACUUAAUUUCUUCAUGUAAGGGCCUGCUUGACUUAAUCAGUCGUUGAUAAGUACUCGAGAGGAGUCUCAGACCUGGGCAGCGAAAAAUGUCAAUCUUUGUUGUCUUUUCAGCACGAGCCCGAUAAUGACUUUCAAUUGAUGACAAAUUCGGUAUCACGUAUUUAAUGAACAUUUAAAUUCCAGAGAAAAUACGGGUGAUUUAAAGAGGACUCAAAACUAAAGCCGCAACAUAGUUCAAGCUAUUCAAUAGUAGAUUAAUUGUGUGUUCAAGUCAGUCACGGAGGAUACAAGAUAUUCAAUGACGAUACAUUUUAAUGCAAUCGAAAUUAGCCAUCGUAACAAUACGGGAAUAGGAGGGUCUUAGAAUUCAACUGAGCAAUGGUAUAAAAGGACCUCUAGAAUAACGAAACUUGCGUGGAGGAUUACCCAGCGUUAAUCUCGAGAUUGUAAACGGAUCAGCGUCACUAUUGCAUGUUUGCCUGGAAGCUCGGACUAUUUGAUUCUGCGACCACUAUUCCAAUAACGUGGCAAAGACUUGAAUAAAUGUUUACACGAGAACCAAAGCUCCGAAUUCAUACAAGCUCCAAUCAUUGGAAUUGAUCGCCUGGACAUUGUUUUAAUGUUAGAGAUAAAACUUCCACAUCGUAACAGGAAGUUUGUGAUGGACUCCUUGGCAAGAACUAAAAUGUAAUUUUUCAAUGUUUCGAUUGUUCAUAAUUGGUUGAUUUUUUUUUUCACAUCGACGAUAUAAUGGGACCGUUGAUUGGUUCGUACCGGGAGGAGGACAAAUAUAGCUUGCCCAGAACUCCUCUUUCUAGACGAUCAAGAACAACAGAUGAUGGUCUGAUGGCGUUCGAAUCGUCUUCUGAGUUCAGUUUCGAUGACACCCAGACGGAUGAGGGACGUUUGUCGCAAGCGCUACAAACAUGGAUGCCUGAUUACGUGAUAGUACCAAUCGAACCUACGGUCAAACCUCCUCGACAACCAGUAUACUCGGGUCGACUCGGUAAAAAGCCGUCUUUGCAACGAAUUCCGAGUGAUGAAUCUAUAUCUACUAAAUUGUCCUUGCUCUCAUGCUCAACAAGAGCCACAUCACCGGAAACACUUGUAUGUACAGCUACAAAGCGCCGACGUAAAAAGAAAAACUUAAGUUCAAGAGCUCCUUCCGCUAUUGAAAAGAUAGGAUCAAAAUGGGAGGAAUUCGCUAGGCAACGCUCCAAAGGUGCUUUGGAUAGGUUUUCAAAAACUCAUAAUGCAAUGAGAAUGGACGUUGUACAACGCAUUGAUGAUGACGAAAGUGAAGCUUUCCGAAACAUGGAUAAAGACGAGCAGAGAAUGUUGAGAUCAGUGGGCAUAAAAAGGAGUCGAUUGUUUGCUGGAAAGCUUAAAAAGUCUCCCAGUCUAAGCAAUGUAAAGGAUACUUACGUCCUUCAACAACCUAGACAGCUUCGGAGAGCUUUAUCAGUUGGUGCUAAACCUCGAAGUCGUGGUAUCAAUUUGGAGGAAAUAAGACAGCAAAGAAUACGAGAAAAAAUAGCCUUGAUGCAACAGAGGCAACGUUCUCGAGGUGGAAGACGAUCAUUUCUCUCUCAUCGAAUGCAAACUCGAACUACAAUUACAACAUCAAGCCUCGGGUCAGCAGCACCAGUAACACCUUCUCCCCGAUCAAUGUCUCCAGCAAAUCAAGAAGAAAGAGUGUCGGUGUGGAAGGGAGACACACAAAUCUUAGAGAUGGAUUUAAGGCGAGGUUUGACAAAUCGUGUUCAGAAAAAGAUUAUGUCCACCACUAUGGCAAUAAAUCUGGUCACAGGAUUCGGGGAAACGAACCAACGACAAACGAUGAUUGGUCGCCAUGAAGAAUUUCCUUCGUAUACAGAUGAAGAUUACUGCGCAGUGCCAAAAAUGGUGCAGAGAAUUCGCAUCACGCCUGAUCUUAGCCUUGUGAUCAAAGAUGAUAUACGUAUUCGCAUGGGUCGACCACGCUAUCACGAAAUAAAGAUAAAAGAUUUGGAAAUAUGGAACAGAGGACAAGUGUUGAAUCGAUCACAUAGAAACCUCAAAGUGUUCAACUGGCUCCACAGUCUAAAGGAGAACGAGUUCGACAAAGACUUAGAGCCUUACAUUGAUGAUAGCAUUCCCGCCUGUCCUGAUGACGUAGACAUUUUACACAUAGAGGCGGCGGACGAGCCCGACGUUAAACCACUGUCUAUGAAAAAGUUUAAAAUGAAAGGUCGGAAAAGGAAAGACUAUAAAUCAUAGGAACUUUAUUCAAUUCCCAUGAACUAAUUUUCAUCUGUGUUCAACAUAAUUGUAAUUUUAGAAUAUAUUUUUGUUGUACUUAUUCAUACAAGACAUUUUGGUUUUGGUACAACGUUGGCUGUGGAAUGGAAUGCCUGCUAAUGUUCAUAACAUAUUUUCCAAAUUAUGAAAUAUAAGAAAAUAACAACGCUAACUUUGUACAAUAAAGUUUGACAUUUAAUCACAAA